CUGGGAUAACAGAUAGCGAAAGCUCCGUAUUUAAUAUGGCGACGGGAUGACACGCCAGCAUAUUGAUAUUGAUUUCACCCUGCGACGUGUCUUUGGAAAGAAUUCAUUCCGCCCUCUUCAACGAGAAGUUAUCCAAGCUGUGAUUGAAGGCCAUGAUGUUUUUCUCCAGGCUGCGACGUCCUUCGGUAAAAGCCUGUGCUAUCAAUUGCCCGCUGUUGUGUGCCAUGGAAUCACGAUCGUGGUCUCACCGCUUCUAUCGCUGAUGGUUGACCAAGUCUCCGCCCUCGAAGCAAAUGGGAUCCCGGUCGCAACAAUCAACUCAACAACCUCUCACUCUAAGCGUAAAGCUAUUAUCGCAGACAUUCUCUCUGGCCAUCCUCACAUUCGCCUUCUCUACGUAACCCCGGAAUACUGUCAAACGGAGGCAUUUCGAAAACAUGUCAAGCAGGUGCAUUCCCAAGGAGAGCUGAAUCGGAUCGCGAUCGAUGAGGCACACUGCGUCAGUGAAUGGGGCCAUGAUUUUCGCCCAGCAUACAAGGAGCUUUCUUGGUUUCGACGAGAGCUACAGAAUCCAACCGUUCCAAUAACAGCACUCACAGCCACUGCAACGAGGCGGGUUCGCACCGAUAUCAUUUCUUUGCUUGGGCUGGACUCGACCACCUUAAGAAGAUUUGGCACCUCUUCUGCGCGUCCAAACAUUCACUACUGUGUGAGAUUCAUCCCUGAGCAGUCGCACACGUCCGCAGGUCCUGAGAUGGCUCAAAUGCAUGAUCUUUUAGCCUGGCUUAAGGGAAUGCAUGAGCGUCGAGUCGCCAGACUAACCGAACAAAACGAGGAUUCCGAUAACCUGCCUCAUAAAAAGCAACCACUUCUCCCUCCAAUCUCUGGAAUUAUAUAUGUCCCUCUACGAGCUAUCUCCAGUGACCUGGCUGAGAAACUCUCCGCGUCUAUCAGCCCGAAAAUUAAAGCAGUCGCUUAUCAUGCAGGCCUACCAGCUAGCGAUCGCGCCAGCAUACAAACUGUAUGGGCAGCUCCGUUUAAAAAUCCUUCAAAAGGUGCCGACCCAUCUGAGCACCCAGCUUUCUACAUCGUGGUUGCGACCAACGCUUUUGGGAUGGGUAUCGAUAACCCACAUGUCCGAUUUGUCGUUCACUGGACCCCGCCACGUAGUUUCGAGGGAUUCGUCCAAGAAUCUGGCCGCGCGGGACGAGACGGUCGUGCGGCAUUAUCUAUAGUAUACUAUAACCCGGAAGCACGAGAACGUGUCAUCGAGCGUAUCCUCCGCGAUUGUAACGCCAGUAUGCUCGAUGCUAAAAUGAUCGAAGCAGGCGUGCUAGUGAUGGGGCCGCCCAAUGCGGAUCAAAAGCGCGCGUAUGAAGCGCUUAGUGACGAUAUGAAGACUAAAUUUCGAAACCGACAUGCCCUGCUCGAGAGUUUUGAAAAGGUGAUACGCUACUGCGAAGAGACAGACCGCUGCAGGCACGAGAUUAUCAAGGAAUUCUCAGAAGACCUAGAACUUGAACUCUCGGAAAGAUCAAGAUCUGAACCUCAAGGGGAUCACUCGAUAGACAUCCCUACUAACACCACACGUCCUAUUUGUGACUAUGCUUGCGACUUCUGCAAGGAGGGCCCCAAGUCUUUGCGAAAGAGAAGUUCGAUUAUUCUUUACGGCCUACACAGCCGACAAAUCCAAUUAGGCAACGCACUCAGCAUGCGAGAGCAUGCAUAUGAGGAAGGAAUCCCACUAUCUUGGUUUCAUAUCCUUUUGGCUGGCCGUUUUUUAUGUGAAGGGUGUUCGUGAAAUAUGAGCCGUAUGAUUCCCUAUGGUUUCACGAUGCACUUGGACUAGUUGGAUAUAGCGCAGGAACCGGAGAGCAGGGAUAUUUUGUUCUUUAGGCAAGCUUAUCGUAGAGAAAUGCG